GUCCUUGCUUCGUCUCCUUCGUGUUCUCAUCUUGGCGCUCUGGGAAAUUUCUCGCUCGCAAGUCGCAACGUUCUUCUUGGUUUUGCUGAACUUAGAUCUUUCAUUUACUUGUGAGAGAGAGGUAGAACACUGUUCCAGUAGCCAUGGCAAAGCAUCAUCCUGAUCUGAUCAUGUGCCGGAAACAACCUGGGAUUGCUAUUGGAAGACUGUGUGAGAAAUGCGACGGGAAAUGCGUGAUUUGUGAUUCUUACGUGCGUCCGUGUACUCUUGUACGUAUAUGUGACGAAUGCAACUACGGGUCAUUCCAAGGCCGGUGUGUGAUAUGCGGAGGAGUUGGAAUCUCAGAUGCUUAUUACUGCAAAGAGUGUACACAACAGGAGAAAGACAGAGAUGGUUGCCCCAAGAUUGUUAACCUCGGGAGUGCUAAAACUGAUUUGUUCUAUGAACGUAAGAAAUAUGGAUUCAAGAAACGAUGAUAUAUGGGUAUUUCCGCUAUUUGCACAAUCCUUUUGAUUGCUUCAACUACUUGGAUCUCUUACUGCUAUGUGUAAAACUUGUUUGUUGACGACUUCCGUUGCAUAAAACAUAUAUAUUCCUGAUCUUAUAUUGGAUAUCAAUAAAGACCUUAUGCUAAAUUUUA